GAAUCCUGCCCUUGGAAAAAAAAGAAGAAAUAAUCUAAAACUGAAUUAAAAAGUGGGAUUGAUACCAAACCAUGAUUACCCCCAUCGUGCAAUGAAGACGUUGUGGCGUACCUACUUGUGACUGGACUAGCGUGAGCAGUAAUCAAGAUCUGUGAUGGAUUCUGCAGAAGGUCAUUUCAAGAAAGUCAUUCAUAAUGAUGCAAAUGAGAAUGCUAGUAAUGAUGAUAAGGAUAGUGAAUGUAGUGACAGUGAGAAAAUAGGCUUCAUUGCAACAAAGGAAGAUAAAGAGAGUGGGAGUACAAGUGACAGUGAUGAGGAGGAUGAGACCAGUGACAAAGCGGAAGCAGCUGUUGCGCAGCUGCUUAAAGAAGAGGAAAAUAGAGAAAAAGAAGCCGAAGACCCAGAUUACAUUAACGCUUAUAGUAUCUCAACCACUGAAGAAGUAACACAGCAGGCAUCACAAACUGAAGGCGAGGAUUUCAGAGUUCUCCAACACGAACGUGAUUCCCAAAGCCCUGGUGAGGAAAAACAUCUUGAAUUUCUGAAGAAGUUGAGGCUACACGUUUGGGCAUCCCUAUCAAGAGCUCAGCACGUCAGUCUGUUAAAAGACUUCGUUGAGUCUGAAUUCUUUGUGAUAGAUGGCGAUUCCUUACUACUUAUGUUUUUAGAUGAGGAAACACAAUAUCUGAACUUCUUCUACCAAAUUGAAUGCUUCCUGCAGGAUUUCACUGAAAAAGGAGCAAAAUAUGUCAUUGCUUUCUUCAAGGAUGCAGAACAGAUGUACUUUCCGUAUCCUCGUUUUCUUUUCUUACGUACUGCAUUAAUAGAACACCUAAGGCAUAACACAAGCACCACUGUUCAUACAGAAUUUUCCAAUUGUUUAUCAUCCAAAUGGGAGAUUUUUCUGAAGAAAAGCUAUCCUUACUUCAUCAUCGUAUCUGACGUAGGACUGACCUCUCUCCAAACAGACUAUUUAUCUAUUUUAAUUGCUCAUUCAUUGUCAAAGAAAAUAAACGUUGUGCUUGCUUCAGGACAGGAGUAUGAUAUUCUUAGAGUUUACGGAUAUCAUGUUCAGAGUGUGUAUAAACACAGAUUAUUUUUUCAAAAGUAUGAACGAGAUCUGCGAUGUGCCUGUGAAAACCUAGUCAGGUACAAAGAACCAUUCAUGCAUCUAUAUGAACAUCUCAAGCUGAGCCUGAAAAGCAUACAAAAAGAGGUUUGCCAGACUGUCCGUCUGUUGAAACAACUAUGGCCUGAAGGAUCUGAUAUUCGGCGUGUGGUCUGUGUUCUUGCUUGUGCCGUGGGAUUAAAAAUGUACAGCAACAUGUUGGAAAAUGCAAAUACUUCCAUGGGAGCAAAAACAAAGAAAUCGGCAAGAGGAAGAAGUAAACCCCUAUCUCCAGAAGAAGCAGCUGACCUCUGUAGGAUGCAGUGUCUUACAGUGACUUUUCUUCUUCAUAUGCCUCUUUCACAGAGAACUCAGAUUAGGAUCAUGAAAUCCUGCUGGACUAAGCAAGUUUUACCAUUAAUAAAAAUGCAACAGUUGUGUAUGCAUUUUGCUCUGACACAGCUAAAUGAUACAAAUGACUGGAAGUUGGAUUUAACUUACCUGCCUGACUUAAAUGAUGAUUCACUGCUCAUAAAUCUUGCACAUUACUAUGAGGUCGAAUACACUGAAGGAUUAGAGUUCAAAAAGGAAUUGGGGAAAGAAGUGGAGAAUGAAUACCAAUGUUUAUGGGACACGGUAACAAAAUUGGCUGUGAAAUACAGUUUUGGAGAUGCUUUCCCAAUACGAAAGACCUCCCAACUAUUUCUUGAACAGGAGCAGACAUCAUUUAGAGACUGUGAAGAAGAAAUUCCUAACAUUGGACUGAUCUCAGUGAAAUCUGAUCUUGUUGAAGACUAUGCUGGAGAUGUUUUGAAAGACCUACCUGUUUUAGAAAGCAACGAUCCUGCAGUUACUUCCCUUAUUAAAUACAAGGAAUUUGAUGAGCUUCGUCACUGGCAUUCUGGCAGACCUUUGACUGAGGAAUAUGAGCGAGUACGGUGUGAUGCUGAUGAUCCAAAAGAAAGAAGACAAAUACAAAAGUUACAGACUUUUCGCCAUUUUUAUGGAAGCACUUUGGAAGACAGCACUUCAAAACUUAUUGUACAUCAAGAGGAUGUGUCAGGGAAUGCUAAUGCUGCUGUCAGAAAGACACAAAAAAAGCAUAAAAGUAAAGCGGAAACAAUUGCAGAGGAAAACAACAAGCGACUAAAAAUUAAAGAAGAGAAGAAAGAACAGGAGCAAUGGAAAGCCUUGUGUGUACCAACUGAAAAGGAAAUAAAAGCAAAUCUGACUGUUGGAAUAAAUAAAUUGGAGAAGUUUCUCAAGACCCUUAAAUGUAAAUCUGUGAAGUUCAGUGUAGAAAUGACUGGACUAUCUGCCUGUUUAGAAGUGUGGAAGGAACACUGCAGAGAGCAAGGUAACAAAUCUAAAGAUUUAAGCAAAGCUGUUCAAGUCAUGAGGAGAAUUCAUAUCCUCCUUGAAAAAUAUCAAGAUCUCUUGGAGAAACGACAUCUACAAAAGCUGACCAGAUAUCUAAGACUUCUUGGAUUUGAGAAUUUGGCAUGCUCUCUAUCUGGCCAGACAGGAGAAAGUAAUGAUCAGAAUAUAAGCAACUAUGCUAUUGAAGUGGGUCCAGCUCGCUUUCAGCUACAAUACAUGGAUUAUUACUUGCUCAGAGAAGAGAGAAAUGAUCCAGAUCCCCGAGUGCAACAUUUCAUACCAGACACAUGGCAGCGAGAACUUCUUGAUGCUGUAGAUAAUAAUGAGUCUGCGGUGAUUGUCGCUCCCACUUCAUCAGGAAAAACAUAUGCAUCAUACUAUUGCAUGGAAAAAGUUCUGAAAACGAGCAAUGAAGGAGUAGUUGUGUAUGUUGCUCCUACAAAGGCCCUUGUAAACCAAGUGGUGGGAACUAUAUACAGUCGAUUCACCAAGAAACUUCCGGAUGGAUUGGUAGUGUGUGGAGUCUUCACGCGAGAUUAUCGCAAUGAUGUCAUGAAUUCUCAGAUACUAGUGACUGUGCCUCAAUGUUUAGAAAUCUUGAUGCUGUCUCCUCGUUGCCAGAAAUGGACCAAACGGAUACAAUAUGUUAUAUUUGAUGAGGUCCAUUGUCUUGGCGGUGAAAUUGGAGCAGAUGUUUGGGAGCAUCUUCUGGUGACAAUUCGAUGUCCAUUUUUGGCACUCUCUGCUACUGUCAGUAACCCGGAACACCUAACUGAGUGGUUACAAUCUGUGAAAAGGUAUUGGCAACAUGCUGAGAAUACAAUAGAAGGAAGCUCUACAAACUCUGAAAAGAACUUUACAAGAAAAUGUAAAGUGAAAUCUAAAGUACAAGAACAAAAGAAAUCAUAUCGUGUUAGACUAGUCUUGUAUGAAGAAAGAUACAAUGAUUUGGAAAAGUAUGUGUGUUCUCUAAAGGGCAGUGAUUUUAUCAUUGAACAUUGUCAUCCAUGCGCUGCAUUAACAGUCAAUCAUAUUGAGAACUAUGGUAUUCCUUCAGAUCUUUCUCUGUCUCCACGAGAGAGCAUCCAGCUUUAUGACACAAUGGUAAAGGUCUGGCAAAAGUGGCCAAGGGCACAGGAGCUGGAUCCUGAGGAGUUUGUCUCUUUCAAGAAUAAAGUAGUAAUAAAAAAGGCAGAUGCGAGGAAAUAUGAACAGGAACUAAAGAAAGAACUAAGCAAAUGGAUUGUGCUUGGUCAAAGACAGAAGGUGAAUGAGCUACUGGAGCACCUUAAGCCAAAACCUGUGGAUUGCUCAGAACAGGAAAAAUGGAAGCAUUUUGCAAGCUUUGUUGAUAAAUUACAUGAGAUGGAUAAGUUGCCUGCCAUAUUUUUUAUAUUUAACGUGGAUUCAGUGGAAUGUGCAGCCAGGAAUGUAUUCCUCAAUUUGCUGAAAAGACAAAAAAGUGAACAAUACCCUAAUACUGAGAGGGAAAAAGAACGUUUAAGGGAUGAACUAAGAAAAGUGAAAAAAAUGCUAAUAAAAUUCGAUCCUCAGGAUACCAAAAAGUUGAGCCCCAGUAAAACGGAAAACAUGGUACUUCUUUUGACUACAAAACAACAGUUAGAAAAAAGACUUAAAAGGCUAACUGCUAUCCCUUCUGCGUGUACUUACGCUGAUCCUAAAGCAGUGGAUGAAGAUACUUUGAGGAAGAUUUUUUAUCGACUUAGGUUUGAGAGAAGAGGUUAUCUGCAGCAAAUGAUGGCACUGAGGGGCAUUGGGUAUCAUCAUGGAUCUAUGGGCACCAAGGAGAGACAAGUAGUGGAGAUGCUUUUCAGGCUGGGAUAUAUCAAGGUAGUCACAGCUACUUCAACACUUGCUCUAGGAAUCAACAUGCCAUGUAAAUCUGUUGUCUUUGCUGAAGAUUCUGUCUUUUUAGAUGCCCUAAAUUACAGACAGAUGUCAGGGCGUGCUGGAAGACGGGGACAAGAUAUGAUUGGAAAUGUGUUCUUCUACGAUAUCCCACUGCCCAAAGUUGAAAGACUUAUCAAAUCCAAUGUACCUCAGUUGAAAGGCCAGUUUCCUCUGACUGUUUCCUUAAUAUUGAGACUCAUGCUGUUGGCUGUGAGAGCUGAUGACAAAGCAGAUGCCAGAGCAAAGGCAUUGUCAGUGUUGAAGCACUCACUGAUGUCGUUCAGAAAGGAAAGAUAUGCUGAAAUAUUAAAAAUUUAUUUUGUAUUUUCCUUGCAAUUUCUUAUCAAAGAGGGCUACUUGGAUCAAGAAGGUAACCCCAUAGGAUUUGCUGGACUUGUGACACACUUGUACUAUUACGAGCCUUCAAAUUUUGUUUUAGUGAGCUUUCUUGUGAAAGGUUUAUUCCACAAAUUGUGCCAGCCAAUUAAAGGCUCAACUGUUUUUUCAGAAGAUGUCCUGGAAAAGCUAGUGCUCAUUCUAGCAAACCUAUUUGGGAGAAAAUAUCUUCCAGCCUGCUCAAUGAAAUAUAAACGCACAUUUUGCCAGUCAAAGGUCUUCCUAGAAGAUCUGCCAGAAGACUUUGCAGAUGCUGUAAAUGAGUACAACACCAAAGUAGAGGAAAAUUUUGCUCAUUUUCUUCUGACAACUGCCAAGCUGGCAGAUAUGGAACAAGAAUACAGACUUCCACUGUCAAAGACAGAUUUUACAUCUAAGAAUUGGCAUGGCUCUGAACUAGCAUCUUAUUUGAUGGAUGACACCAAAAGCGUAUCUGCCAUCUCACCUUUUGCAUGUUUAUCUGGAGUGGUUGAUAAUGAUCUGUUUCAUGGGGAGAUCAUUAAUAAAGCUGUCUUACGUUCCCUUGGAAUUAAUGUCACAAACUGCCCCCUGCUUUAUUUGAACAAGUAUGAUAAUCAAGGAAGGAGGAGGCCACUCAAUGCAUAUGCACUGGACUUCUAUAAGCAUGGUUCCUUGAUUGCAUUGACAACUGAUAACUGGUUAAAUGAAGGAGAUGCUUACUACGCACUCAAGGAUUUUUCACUCCUCAUUAAGUCUAUUGGAACAUCACUGAGUGAACUGUGUGAUGACCCAAAUGAUAAUGUUCUACUGGCAUUUCAACAACUGGGUGAAAUCUAUGAAGAGAAACUGAAGUGUGUUACCUGA